AUGAUGAAGCAUGAUAAUAUAAGUUUGCGUCUGAGGAGCAGUGUUGUUAAGACAGAUGUACCGAUUAUUAAUACGCUGCAUUGUGAUAUCAACACUCCAUUACAGAGAAGGUUGCAAACGCUAGCAUGUGCCUGGCACAUCACUUCAAUGGGGAUGUUUUCCGUUUUAUUUCUGUUACUCAUUGCUUUCCCAAGGUUUUGGAUUGUAAUUAUUCCAUAUAUGGUGUACUACAUGUUCGACAGAUCACCUGCUGAUGGUAAUGUUGUUAAGAGGUAUUCUCCAUUUUUCAGGAGUUUGUUGCUUUGGAAAUACUAUUGUAAUUAUUUCCCAAUUUCUUUGCAUAAGACGGUCGAUUUGGAGCCUACCUUCAAUGAGAAUGGUGAAAGGGUAGGACCAAAAUAUAUAUUUGGUUAUCAUCCUCACGGAAUUGGUGCUUUAGGUGCAUUCGGUGCUUUUGCUACUGAAGGUUGUAACUACUCAAGCUUAUUCCCAGGGAUCCCUAUAUCGUUGAUGACAUUGGUGACCCAAUUCCACAUCCCAAUUUAUAGAGACUACCUAAUGGCCCUGGGGAUCACAUCUGUAUCAAGGAAAAAUGCAUUGAAAGUGCUGGGAAAUGACCAAUCAAUUUGUAUAGUAAUUGGAGGGGCGAUGGAGUCACUGCUGUGCCAGGUUAAUAAAGUUGAUUUGGUAAUUAAGAAGAGGAAAGGUUUUGUCAAAUUGGCAAUAACUUCAGGAAAUACUCAUUUGGUUCCAGUAUUCAGUUUUGGAGAAACAAAUUCAUACAAAAUAAUACAAACAAAAGAUGGCUCAUUCUUAAGAAAUAUACAACUGUGGAUAAAAGAAACGUUCAGUUUUACAAUCCCUUUCUUCUAUGCAAGAGGUGUUUUUAAUUAUGACUUUGGUUUACUACCGUUUAGAACACCAAUGAAUAUUGUAGUUGGGAAACCAAUUAUAAUUAAAGAAUUCACAACUGACCCCUCAAAUGAAAUGGUUGAUUAUUAUCACGACUUAUACGUCGAAGAACUGAAAAAAAUAUAUUACGACAACAAGGAUAAAUAUGGCUUCAAAAAUGUAGAGUUGAAUCUUGCUGAUUAA